AUGUAUAUAAGUAUUUGUUUCGAGCGUUUAGCCAUCAGUCGUUCAUCUGGUAGCAAGAAAACUAAACCAAACUCUUUAAACAUGAAAAUGAUGAUUGCUGUCGCCCUCGGCCUUGUGGCCGUCGCCUACGCUGUUUCAAUUACCGAAAAAGAACUGGAACCAACCAAAGUACCAAUAAAGAUUAUUAGCUCUGAGGUCAACCAUGAACCCGAGGGUGGAUACGACUUCAGCUACGAGACCGAGAAUGGCAUUAAACAAAAUGAAAAAGGUGAACUGAAGACGGUCCCCGAUGAAGACAAUAAUCCCCACCCUGUCAUCGUUGUAAGCGGUUCCUACUCUUACACCGAUAACGACGGCAAACUUGAGACCAUAAACUACAGCGCUGAUGAGAAAGGCUUUCAUGCUGAAGGCGACUCAAUACCCACAAUCGCCCCGUCCAGAAGAUAA